UGUUUGAAAUCAACUCAGUUACUGGAAGCAUCAAAGUCACUGGUACAGGACUAGACAGAGAGAAAUAUCCAGAGUACACUCUGACAGUACAAGCAGCAGAUAUGGGUGGAGAGGGGUUAACUGGACAAACAAAAGUCAUCCUCACGGUGACGGACAGCAAUGACAACGCUCCAGUCUUCACUCAGAGCUCAUAUACUGCAACAGUUGAUGAAAACAAAAAGGAUGUUGAGGUGGUUAGGAUGAUAGUAACCGAUGAGGAUGAACCACAAACUCCAGCCUGGAACGCCAAGUUCAAGAUCGUCAGUGGUGAUCCUGAUGGACUUUUCACAGUAAAAACAGGAACUAACAAACAGGAAGGAAUCCUUUCUACUGCAAAGGAGCUGGACUUUGAGAGGGCCAGCAAGCACACUCUGUUGAUUUCAGUGGAGAAUGAGAUUCCUUUUGCUCCUGGUGUUUCUGUGGUCACUUCUACUGCCACAGUGGUAGUGAAUGUGAAGGAUGUGAAUGAAGCUCCAAUAUUUGAUCCAAAGGAGAAGCUUGUAGUAAAACCAGAGAACCUUGCUGUGGAUGAAGUCGUGGUGCAGUACACCGCUUCAGACCCAGACACUGCACGCAAGCAGAAAGUCGCGUACAAAAUGAUUGAUGACCCUGCAGGCUGGCUGACAGUGGACAAGGACACAGGCCUUAUUAAAGUGGGAAGACUCAUGGACAGAGAGGCCAUCUUCGUCACAAACAACAGAUACACUGCAACCAUUGGUGCCUAUGAUAAUGAUGCAGUCCCAGCUACAGGAACUGGUACCCUGAUCAUUCAGCUGGAAGAUGUCAAUGACAAUGCUCCUGUCGUUGAGCUGCGUAACAUUAAGGUGUGCAACAAGGAGCCAGCUCCUCAGCUGCUGUCAGUAACAGAUAAAGACGGACCAGAAUUUGGACCUCCCUACUCGGUGUCUUUACAGGGCAUGUCAAAGACCAACUGGACCGCUAGGAUGAACGACACCAGAACGGGCAUCAUCUUGAAUUUAGCCACUGAGCUGCCCAGUGGAGAAUACAGUGUUAUACUGAGAGUGGCAGACAAGCAUGGCUUGGGGCAGGACAACAUCAUCACAGCUAAAGUGUGUGACUGCAGGGGCACAGACUUGACUGCAUGCUCAGGUCCAGGACGCUAUGGUGCAGCUGCCAGCAACCUGCCCCUUAUCCUCGGAAUACUUGGAGCCAUCCUGCUGCUCGCGCUGUUGCUGCUAGUGCUGCUGUUUACAAAACAGAGGAAAAGGGAGAAAAAGGAGCCACUCCUGCUGGAUGAUGGUGUCAGAGACAACGUCUAUUACUAUGAUGAAGAAGGAGGUGGCGAGGAUGAUCAGGACUAUGACCUGAGUGUUCUCCACCGUGGCCUGGACAACCGCCCCGAUGUGUUAAGGAAUGAAGUAAUGCCAAACUUCAUGCCUGCUCCUCAGUACCGGCCACGGCCUGCCAACCCCGAGGAGAUUGGCAACUUCAUUGAAGAUAAUCUGAAGGCUGCAGACAACGACCCAACAGCACCCCCUUAUGACUCCCUGCUGGUGUUUGACUACGAGGGAGGUGGUUCUGAUGCAGGAAGUCUCUCCUCUUUGAACUCUUCAGGCAGUGGAGACCAGAACUAUGACUGCCUCAAUGAAUGGGGCCCUCGCUUUAAGAAACUGGCUGACAUGUACGGAGGAGGAGAUGAUGACGAUAUGCUGUAAUCAUACCAUAUCGCAUGGCUGCAUGUUUAAUUUGUAAAAGCAAGCCAGAAAGGGACUUUCAACUACACAUUGUUUUUUAUAGAUAUAUAUGUGCAUUGUGGUUUGCCUUCUCACUGCAAUCCCGUUAGCAGUUAUCGCCCACUGCUCAGAAGCCAAAGGAUGAGUUUUUGUUUUGUUAUGAAUGCAUUAGGCUCUGUAUGCUGCUUUUUUUUUUUUUUUUUUUUUUUUUCCCCAUUUUGGGUUUUUGUUUUUUUUUUUAUUUUUGUUUUUUUUAAAAACAUCUGUUUGACCUUAAGCCUGAAGACUAAUACUUAUUAUUACUUAUUCUGUUGAAUAAGUGCUGGAGCCACAGUGAACACUUCUGUGUAGGUUACUGGGCGACACCUGAGACACUCUGAGACUCGUCAGUCACACUGGGAAAUGUUGCUUUACUCUAUAGCAUUUGUACUAAUGGUCUCCAUUUGUUUAAAAAGUAAAAUUUGAAAUCAUUAGGAUGAGAUCCAGGUAGCUUGCAUGCGCCUCGUCAGCCUUUGACAGUGUGCUCAAUGAGUUAUGAAUACUUUUAAAUUGUUUCCUGUGGAUCUGUUCAUGUCUUUUAUUACAAUGAUUUGUCAAAAAUGAAAUCUUUGAGAUACUCUGUGAAAUUAGCUUUGUUCUUUAUAAAAUUGUAUUAAGCCAACA